AUGGACACACUUGUGGCCUCCACGGACUCGGCAUCGCGCAAGCGCCGGCUCUUCGAGUCCUACCCGGUCGACGACGCGGUGGUGGCCGCCACCCUCAGUGCCGGCUGGCCCGGGGCCAAGCUGGGCGCCCGGCUCAAGAGCUCGCAGAACGUGACCUACUCGGGCGAGCUCGCCAACGGCCAGGCACGUGCCCUUGUCAAGGUGAUCGUGCGCGCCACGGCCACGCCGGGCUGUCUGCCGCGCGUCACGGACGAGCUGGCCUUCCUGCGCUACGUGGCGGCUGCCGGCGUGCGCGCGUGCGGCCCGAUCGAGCCCGGCCUGUGCGUGAGCGGCGACGACGGCGCCGGCGACACGGUGGUAGUGGUGACCCGCUUUGCCGAGGGUGCGCCAGUCAACUUCGUCGCCUGGAUCUGGGCCACCGACGCCGCGCUCGUCGCCGAACAGGGCCGGUGGCUGGGCCAGCUGCACGCCGCCUCGAAGCGCUUCGCGCGCGACCACGCCGACGUCGCCGCGCGCAUCCAGAUGUGGGACCAGGUCCACGACUCGAUCCUCGCCGGCGCACAGAACAAGCCACCGAUCGAGGAGACCGCGGCCGACGGGUUCGGCGUGAUCCACGGCGACGUCAACCCGAGCAACUUCUACGUCGACGACCAGGGCCGGCUCGAUGUGUUCGACUUUGACCAGACCCAGCGCGCGUGGUUCCUCUACGACCUGGCCCAGCCGAUCUGGGCCGUGCGGAUGGCCUCGCGCGGCGGCGUGCCGGGGCUCACCGGCGACAACGCGCCGCGGCUCGACGAGGCGGCCUUCACCGCGGCCCUGUGCCGGGGCUACGGCGAGCCCGUCGACCGCGAGGCCCUCGAGGCCUGCGUGCUGCUGCGGCGCGAGAUGUACGAGCGCUUCUGCCGGCGGGCCAAGGCCGAGGGCGACCUGCCGCCCGAUAUGGCCGCCUUCAUCGAACACGUCGUCUCCGCUUUCGAUGCCAACACGCUCUGA